UGAGUUUUCCACCCUCACACACUUCUUUUCUCAGCAUCGUUAUUUAAGUGGAUAAACGGACAAGACGCAGCUAUGAGUCUCUCAGCCAAGGACAAAGCCAACGUGAAGGCCAUCUGGGGCAAGAUCCUCCCUAAAUCCGAUGAGAUUGGAGAACAGGCUCUUUCCAGGAUGCUUGUCGUCUACCCCCAGACCAAGGCCUACUUCUCCCACUGGGAUUCCGUGGCCCCCGGUUCCGCUCCAGUGAAGAAGCACGGCAUCACCAUCAUGAAUCAAAUCGAUGAAUGUGUUGGCAACUUGGACGAUCUCUUUGGUUUCUUGACCAAGCUCAGUGAACUGCACGCCACCAAGCUGAGGGUGGAUCCCACCAACUUCAAGAUCCUGGCUCACAACCUGAUUGUGGUCGUUGCCGCCUACUUCCCCGCCGAAUUCACCCCCGAGAUCCAUUUGUCCGUGGACAAGUUCCUGCAACAACUGGCUCUGGCCCUUGCGGAGAAGUACCGCUAAACUGGAGUUCAGCUGCUAAACUGUCAUCCGAGGUACAAGCGCUCACAGUUUUACAUCAGAAUUAGACGUUCAUCCAUGUUUCUUAAACGUAAUGUCCUUCCGAUAUUGACACACUGACAAUAAACCUAAAUUAAACUCA